AUGCACCCAGGUGGCUUGGAAAUUGAAGAUAAAAGGCUUAUAUUAUCAGCUCUGCAGGAUGCAUAUGCAGUGUCGCAGAGCGGCAGGGAUUCGUACCGGAGCCAUACUCGGACGGAAUCCAGCUCUUAGCUGCUAAUAAGCAACUUUCACAGUCUUCAUGAUCACCGUCUGUUUUGUCGCCCAACAUCGACUCGCCGAAAUACUACAAAUCCUAUUGAGCGAUUUCCUACAAUUUCCGCAAUUUAUCUUAUCCAAACUUCUUCCCCAUCUGCAGUGGCCAUGGAGGAAAUUGGAGGGUCGGAAAAGGCUUCCACGCCGACGACUGAAGAGGCUCACGAUGGUGCUGAUGCUUCUGCGAUCGGUGGUCAGCUCCAGGACCUCCCAACUGGAUAUUAUCGCUCUCCCAAAUUUGUCGGCAGCAUUAUUGGUGUCAUUCUCAUGGCAAACAGUUUAUAUCUUGGAUUUGUUCUUCCGGCAAACAUACUCUCCGUCAUUGACGCCGAUAUUGGACCUGAUCCGAACUAUCUCCUUAUUUCCACAGCUUUCACGCUCACCGCCGGAGUGGGCUUGACUUUAGUCGGCAGACUCGGUGAUAUUUUUGGGCGUCGAUACUUCUUAAUUGGUGGCCAAACUCUCGGAUUCAUCGGAGCCCUCAUCUGCGCAACGGCCAAGAAUAUUCCUGCUGUGAUCGGUGGCACAGUUCUGGUUGGCCUCGCUGGUGCUGUACAAUUGACCUUCACAUUUGUAGUUGCGGAAUUGGUAGCCAACAAACAUCGAGCCAAAGUCGAUGCCUUUUUAUUCAUGAGUAUCAUACCAUUGUCGUCAAUGGGGCCCGCCUUCGCUCGACUGUUAGUGUCCAAUACAAGACUGAGUUGGAGAUGGAAUUACUAUUUAAAUGCCAUAUCCUGCGGGUUAUCGGUUGUCUUUUUUAUUUUGUUUUAUUUCCCUCCAAAAUUCAGCCAACUUACACGUAAUGCUUCGUGGCGUUCGGAAAUCAAAAAGUUCGACUACGGUGGAUUUAUUCUAUAUUCCGGAGGCCUGGUUCUGGUUCUUCUUGGACUUUCCUGGGGAGGGUCUGCAUACCCAUGGCAUUCUGCUCAUGUUAUUGCAGCCCUAGUGGUGGGCUUUGUCACUUUGAUCGCUUUCGCUAUUUAUGAGAUAUACAUGCCUCUUGAGCAGGCUCUUGUCCCGAUGUCACUAUUUAAGAUUACAAAUUAUAGCGCUGUUGUCGUCACAGCGUCCGUUGGAACCAUGAUCUACUUCUCAAUGAAUAUCUUAUGGCCUCUCCAGAUAGCUGCCCUUUAUACAACGGAUAAUAUCCAGAUCGGUUGGCUUUCUUGCACCACUGGAGCUGCUGUUGUAAUUGGCCAGGUAGUCAGCGGUCUAGUUUUCAAGAGAAUCGGACAUGUAAAAUGGCAACUCGUCGGCUGUUGUGUAGGAUUUACGGUAUUUCUUGGUGGUAUGGCUGCAGUGAACGCCAGCAAUCGCGGUUUAGCAAUAGCUCUUACCAUCUUGGCUGGGCUCUGCGUUGGGGCUUUGGAACUAAUCACCAUUAUCAUUGCAGGCCUUGUUUGCAAUCCUGGCGAUAUAGGUCUAGCCAGUGGACUCUUAGGUUCCUUUAGACAAGUAUCUGGAUCUAUCGCAGCCUCUAUAUAUGUCAGCAUUCUCACGAAUCGGCUGACGACUACAUUACCCGCGAAUGUCGCACCGGCGGCAUUGAACGCGGGAUUGCCCAGUGCAGAUCUUCCCGCUCUCUUUGCCGCACUCGCAACAGGAACAGCGACGGCCAUGGAAGCAGUGCCAGGCAUCACUCCUACAGUCAUUGCAGCAGUGGGAGACGCUGUGAAAGUCGCCUAUUCCCAAGCGUUCAAGACGGUGUAUUUGACUAGCAUCGCGUUUGGUGGCCUGUCCAUUAUCGCAGCGCUGUUCAUUACUUCUAUCGACGACUCGAUGACAGAUUUUGUUGCGAGGAAAAUACGAGGUGUGGAGACCAAACCCAUCGGUUCUGUGAGACGUACGGAGAAGAUGGAGAGCAACACGAUUGUAUUAGGCAAUGAGGAGAAGACCGAUAAAGUUGAGGAGGUGGCUUAAUGGUGACAAACAUCGAGCGUUGAUGGUAGGAGUGAAGUUAGGAUUCUGUAUCUAUUGCCCAUUUCCACGGGAGAGGCAGAUUCAAACUUCAAAGCAUGCUGGUUCCUCGAGUUUGGAGAGUGUAAAGGCAAUAUUCUCUACUGGUAUCACAUGCCUAGAGUUUCAAAGUCUCGACGCCGUCCAUUGCGGUUUCCUCUUUUCCGUGAAUGCUUUCAAACCUGCCAAACGUUUAAGCAGAAGUUAGGCUUCGAGGAGUUAAUGCAAC